AGCGCAGCCAUGUUCAAUCAUCCAUAAGAAAUCAGCGUCCUGCGAUGGCCUCGCAGGUGAACUUGACUAAAGAGCAGGCCUCCUGGUAUGGCAGCGUGGAGCGGAAAGCGGCCAGUUCAGGUUGGCUGCGAGCGUUCGCCUCCGGCUGCAGCAACUUCUCCAUCCAGUACAACUACCAAAGCGCGAGCAUCGCUAUGGCCGUUAUGGCCACGCAGGGGGACCACUACAUGGAGGAUCCCGCAUUGGCAGACUUCCCCGCUGCCCCGUGGGUCAACAAGAUGAUGCUGGCAGUGGUGUUCGGAGGCUCCGUUACAGGCAUGGUGUUCAUGGGCUACUUGGGUGACCUGGUGGGCCGGCGCCCUGCGCUCAUCUUCACCAAGAGCCUGGUGGUGCUGGGCGCGGUGAUGUGCGCGCUGCUGCCUGCGGCAGCCUCCGAUUUCUUUUGGCAUUACCUGGCGCUAGCGCGGUUCCUGCUGGGUGUAGGUUUGGGCGGCGCGUUUCCGCUCACCGCUUCCACGGCGGGGCAGGUGGAGCAGGUCGGCCAGGCCUUCUUCUGGCAGACCCCUGGAACGGUGGCGCCCUAUUUGGUGACACUGCUGCUGCUGCAGAUUCUGCCGGGGGACACCAGUGCCCAGUUCCGGUGGAUCUUGGGCCUGGGGGCCCUGCCGGCGCUGCUGGCCUUGGUUGCGGCGCUGCCGCAGCAGGAGAAGCCGCUCACGCCCAAAGCGAGUCUGCCAGAGGCUUUGAGCUGCCCGGACGUUCAGCGCUGCUUGCUGGGCACCGCUGGCAGCUGGUUCCUCUUUGAUACUGCGUGUUAUGGCACGGUCAUCUUCACGCCCCAAAUUCUGAGCCACAUCUUCGGCCAGGACCAGUCUCUGGUCCAGCUGGCCUUGCAUUCCAUCUUGCUGAUGAUCUUCGCCAUCCCGGCGACUGGGCUGGCGGUGCUCGCUCUGCCCAGACUGGGCCCACGGAAGCUGAACGCCUACGGCUUCGUAUUGCAGGCGGCUCUCUUUGCCACCGUGGCGGCCACCUAUGGCCUGAUCCAAAACAUCCACUCGGCGGUGCUGACGUUGCUGUGCGCUCUGUAUUUUAGCCUGAACUGGGGCCCGGGGCUAGCCACGUAUGUGCUGCCCAUCGAAGUCUUCCCGGAAGAGUUCCGUUCGACUCUCCACGGGUUCUCCGCCGCCGCCGGCAAGUUGGGAGCGCUGGUUGGAGCCGGCCUCUUCCCCUUCAUUGAUGCGGCCUAUGGGGUGCCUGCAGUCAUGGCCCUGCAGGCGGUGGUUUGCGCUUUGGGCGCCCUCCUGAGUUACCUCUGCCUGGGCAUAGAUUUGGGCUGCGCCGCGGCCUCUGCGGUCUCUGACGCCUGAGGAUUCC